AAAAAAUAGAGACCUGCAUCAAUUAUGGGCUCGUCGAAAAAGCACAAAAAGAACAAAUCGGAAAGACGGGAGAAGUAUGAAGAAUAUAGUCAGCAUCAGGAUCCGGCGCAGCUGCAACGUGGUUUGAAGUUAAUAUUGAAGGUCGGUUCCAACGCAACGCCCGAGUACAAAGCCAAUUCACCACUCGAUAGUCAUGGCGGACCUCCAACUGCAGCAGAGGCAAUGAUGGCCGCUGCACCUGGAAGCCCACUACUAGCAAUUUCCGAGGAGGUGGGCCAUCGUGAGCGACAUAAGAAAUCGAAAAAGAAGAAGAAGAAGAAAGAUCGUGAGAAGAAGCAUAAGCAUCAUCACAAGGAGAAGCGACGCGAAAGGCAGCGCGAAUUGUGCUCUGAUGACGAGCGGCAAAUAGAUGAUACAAUUGGUCCAGAUGAAGCAGUCUGCAGUGGUCGCCAGAUGGCGAUGGCGACCGCGCCGUCAGCUGUUGGCGAUUGCUCACAGGAUGGAUUUAGUUUUAUGGACGAUGAUGCGGAGGAGGAACAAUCGCAACCGCUGCCAGAAAAUAUUUUAUAUUAUGCAGGCAUUACCACCGACAAUUCGCCAUCCAAUUGCCCAGUUACCAAGCCUAUAGCAGCACGUAAAUUGGAUGAAAUGCUGCUCGGUUCGCCCACAUGCUCGUCAAGUCCAACCAAGCCACUGCCCGAUCUGCUGAUACCUUCGCCAUCAGGCUCCACGGCCUGCUCAUUAAAUGCCUUAACGCCCAAAGCGCUGGAGGCGCCCAAAACUCCCAGCAGCUGCAGUGAAUCAGGCAGAGAACCAAGAAGUUGUGUGCUCAAACUAAAGCAGCAGAAAUCGCCACUAAAUAAGCUAUUGGAGCAUUUGCUACGCUUUCUUGAGAAACGAGAUCCGCAUCAGUUCUUUGCGUGGCCAGUAACGGAUGACAUUGCACCGGGUUACUCAUCGAUUAUCCAUAAGCCGAUGGAUUUUUCAACAAUGCGACAAAAGAUUGAGGAUCAUGAGUAUGCGGCAUUGAGUGAAUUUAGCGAUGACUUUCGUUUAAUGUGCGAGAAUGCAAUCAAGUAUAAUCAUGUGGAUACCGUUUACCAUAAAGCUGCUAAGCGUUUACUACAAUUGGGUUUAAAGCAUUUGCAGCCGGAUAAUUUAAUGCGCACAUUGAAACCUCUUUCUGGCUACAUACGCGAAUUGACGGCCAAAGAGUUGGGCUUCGAGUUAAGUUCCAAUGAGCUAGCUGGUUAUGAUAUGGCACACGAUUCAGCGGAUGAAGGCGCUUCAACUGGCGCAGAAGAACCUACACCCGCUCAAUUGGAAGAAGAGGAACGAAAACGAGCCUUACGUUUAGAGAAUGCACCUAAAACCCACUUCGAACCUUACGUAGAUGACUUGACCAGCGAGGAGAUACUUGCCCAGGUGCAGAACGCAGCGCAACAGGCAAAGCAGCGCAUCAGUUCCAAAGAGCGUGCCCACAAAAUGGGUUUCCUGCGACAGCACAAGGAUGGAAGUACCACAUUGAAUCUUCUUAUACGAGAUGAGAAUGAAGGACCGGAAAAGGUGGUCACCAUUGGAGAUUUGGUGGGUAAACUGCCCGCAGGCAGUGGACAGCUGCCUGGCCUACACACAGAUCAGCGAAACGCAGUAAAGCCUGUGAAACCCAUGAACUAUGGACCCUUUGCCAGCUUUGCACCCACAUUCGAUUCUAGGUUUUCCACGUUAAGCGCUGAUGAAACGCAAUUGGUGCUGCGCACUUAUGGCGAUGCAUCGAGUGCCGAAUAUGCUGAGAGCAUAUUGCAAUUCACAAAGGAUUCCAGCUAUGCUACGAAUAUAGCCAACGGGCUUCUCGACAUACUCACAAAUGGAGAGCAUAGCAAAUCUCUGGACGAACUCUACAACAUGCAGCUACAUAACUAUGAGCAGCGUGAGAUUGAAAAAUGUUUCAAUAGAGAACACGAACAACCGGGUAGCAGUUCAGAAGCUGAACAAAUUGAGCUAGAAUAUGAGAAGUAUAGAAAUACGCGUGUGGAUUUCAAACGUUUGCGCUCGCUUAAGGAACUGGGGAUUGACGUAGAAUUCCUCGAUGGCAUGGAAACAGAUAUGAAGAACUAUGAACUAUCAAAACGUAUGAGAGAGCAUCUCAGCAAUAAUUUAACACUUAUUGAGAAGCUGCGUGUUAUACAGCAGGAGCGUCUAUCGCAGCCCUUGCCUGCGCAUUUAGCUAUGGUGCCGCCCGCUGGGCAGGAAGAGUUGCAAACGGCACAGCAGCUGACGCAGCAGCUCAGCGAAUUGGCCAAAAAAUUGCCACCUGCAGCAAUAGCUGAUCAAUAUGCGCUACGCAAGGCUAUGGGCAUGUCUUUCGCUGGUUUGCCUCCGCCUCCGAGUGCCUCACCGCGAGUUCCGCUCCCGGAGCUGCUUCAGCAACCCAUUGCGCUGCCCCAAAUUCAGUCCAUGGACAUUGAGGAGCCGGAUGUGCACGCUGGGGGUGAUCUGGAGAACGAGUUGCGAGAAUUCCUUGAAAGUGGGUCCGGCAUGCAUGCAUCCAACGCAGCGGAUGAUAACAAUAUUGUUGCCCAGCUGUUGCUCAACUAACAUCUAUGAUCUUUGUGGCCACCUACACCGCGCGCAAUGUUAAUAAUUUUAGAUUAACAACCUACACUAAAUUAUUUUCAUAAUUCACAAAACUUGCUAUAGCAUUUUCAAUAAAAG